AUGGUCGAUUACCAGCAGUGCGGGAAGAAGGCUCCGCCGUGGGCCACGGAGCGCCAGAGCUUGCAGCCGAGCGAAGUGCCGCAUCCGAAGCCGAAGGGCCGCUGGGGCGAGGGGCCUCCGCUGAUACCGGUGGCCGAGGAGGCCGCCAUCACGCAGGCCAAGCGCGAGCUGCGGGCGGAGCUUCUGCAAGACCCCAGCAAGCAUGGCCUCUCGGCGGACCAGGCGCAAUUUGUCCUUGCGUCCUUGGCCCCGCCGAGCCAGGAUGCAGGCAUGGAGCCCGCGAGGGCGGACCUGGCUACGAAGUCGUUGCAGGAUCUGCACCAGCGGAAGGCGAAGACGGAGAAACAGCUCGAGCGGACGCAGGAGCGUCGGGCUGCGGCGCAGGCGGCGCUGGAGGCCAAGCAGAAGGCUGACCAGGAGCUGGUGUUCCUCAAGGGCCACCAGUCCAGAGGGGUGACCCUUGGCUCGGGCGAGUCGCUGGACUUGCUGGGGUUCGUGGCGGAGCUGCUGGGCGGGCUGGGCACGCCGUCGCACCUCGCGGCGAUCGAGAAGCCCGUCAACGACUUCACCCAGUUGCUCAGCGAGCAGCGCCAGGCCGUCCAGGACAAGGUCAAGCAGGAGACCGAAAAGAGAGAGGCCAGAGCUGCGGAGGCGGACGCUCCAGCUGCUGCGGCUCUUGCUUCUCCCACUGAGUCUGUUGCUGCGAACAUCCCUGUCGCUGAGCGUGAUUGGGGCGACCCAAACCUCCAGGAUAACGUUCGCGCAGCAGGACUCGAUCCCGAAAAGGCCGAGGCUCGCGAGAAGGUCAACCGACUGCAGUCCUCCCUGCUGCUGCCCAUCAAAAAGGGCAGCUGCGACGCGGGCGACCUAAACGUCCUCGCCGUGCACGUGACUGCCCGGUCAGUUCCCCGCGCGUGGCUCCUGCAGGAGCAUCGCCUCAAGCGGGAGAAGCACGUGGCCGCAGCGCGAGGCUGGCGCCGAGCAGCAGGUGCAUCCAUCGAGCUCGGGAAAGCGGAGAGCACGGGCAGCGGGCUGAUGGAGUCGUUGGGUGGCGCGGCGGUGGCGCCCUUUCUGCCAGCCAUGAGGUGGCCAGGCGACCAGGGCAAGGAGCUGCCGUCGCAUCGCUGCCAAGUGACCACGCUCGACAGAGGAAUGGGGCUGCCGCUGCACGUGGCGUCGGUGUACCUCACCACCAAGGUCGGCAUGGCCGAGCCCAACAUCAGAUGCCUUGGCGCGCUGCUCCUGCUGGUCAGGAAGCUGCCAGGGCCGUGGAUCGCGGGUGGUGACUGGAACCUGGAGCCUGCCGAGCUAGUGGAGCGGGCCAGGCGUGCGCAAGCGCUAGCGGCUAACCCAGUGGAGCCCACCUGCGGGCAGAAGUCGCACGAUGUCUUUGUGCUCUCAGAGUUCCGCGUCGAGGACGGCUGGCGGCCCUCGCCGGGCCCGCUGGCCAACGUGAGCGCAGGUAAGUUCGCAGCGGUGCUGGGAGGCAAGUCCAGUCAGACCAUCCACAGCAUGCUGAAAGCGACAGACCAGCAUGUUCAGAAGCUGCCUCGCAGGGACAUGGCAAUCAACCAGGAGUCGGCGUUCGAAAUGCUGGAAGAGAAUGAACAGCAGCACCUUCCGCUUCCGCUGGGGGGUGACGAGGCAGCGGAGCAAGCCCCGAGGCAGUGGCAGCAGCUUUGGGCGCACGAUCUGCGCGGGGGUGAAGUGCAGCCAUGCUCGUGGCGAGGAGCUGAGUUCGACGCGGGGCAGCCGUCUGCGCUCGCUCUGGCCAAGCUCGAGCGGUUCGUUGACAAGUACAACGAGAAGGCAGGUCGCGGGGGGGACAUGCUGCAUCCUCGUCAGUUGGGUUGGGCGCCAGAGAGUACAGGCUGCGGUUCCUUGGUAUAUUGUAAGCUUGGGAAGCCGACCCACUGGGCAGCAGGCUUUCCUGAUGCUGGUUUCGCUCUUGCCAGCGCAGCCUCCAAGAGGUGGCUCGCGCCCCAUUGUCCUCAACUUCGUCUGGCUGCGGAGCUGGAGCAGGAUGAGCAGCCGCUGGCGGCGGCCUGGGAGCGCCAGCUGAGCUUCUACUGGGGAGGCGUGGGCACGACUUGCGAUCGCGCGGGCCGCGCGCACAACCUGCUGGCUGCCUAUUGCGCGCAGCGCGACGGCAUGGCGGCAGGCGCCGCAGCCCUGGCCCUCAGCAAGUACUGCGAGCACGUCUCGCACGAGGUCCUCCUGCGCGAGGCGCGGCAGACGCGCUUCCUGCCCCCGCUGCUGCGGGCGCUGCGCUGCGGCCACCGCCCGGGCAGGCGGGCGAGGUUUGCGCGGGCGCUGUCGGUGGAGAUCCGCGCCAACGGCGCGAUCGCAGCGGGCUGCAGCUGA